UUCGAACUAUUAGCUAGAGCCAGAGGCGACUCUGGGCAUCCUCUCUCGGUUAAGAUUCGGUCUUUCCUCUUCCAUUCUCCUCCGAAUCAAAAUCCCCCUACUAUCUCUGCUCCCUUGCUGCCGCCUCAUCAUAGCUGUUGGGGGUGAUGGGGAUGGAAUCUCAGACCGUGGAGACCAGCGACGGCGUUAAGCUUCACGUGCGGCUCUUCAAACCGGCGGAUCCUCCUGUGAGCGAUCUCGUCCUCGUUCUUGUCCACCCCUAUACCGUCCUCGGCGGCUUCCAAGGCUUACUCCGGGGGAUCGCCACCGGACUCGCCGAGAAGGGAUACCAGGCAGUUACCUUUGACAUGAGGGGCGCCGGCCGCUCCUCCGGCCGGGCCUCCAUCUUCGGCUCUGCCGAGAUCAACGAUGUCAUCGCCGUUUGCCAGUGGGUCUCCGUUACCCUGUCCCCUCGUGGCAUCAUACUCGUUGGCUCCUCCGCAGGUGCCCCAAUUGCUGGUUCAGCGGUUGAUAAAAUAGACCAAGUGAUUGGUUAUGUGAGUAUAGGCUAUCCUUUUGGUUUCAUGGCUUCCAUUCUUUUUGGGCGGCAUCAUGAAACUAUCUUGCAGUCCAAGAAACCUAAACUAUUUAUCAUGGGAACAAAAGAUGGUUUCACAAGUGUAAAACAAUUGGAGAAUAAGCUCAAAACUGCUGCUGGGAAAGUGGACAUUCAUCUGAUUGAAGGAGCUGGCCAUUUUCAGAUGGAAGGGCCUGCGUUUGAUGCUCAGAUGGUUAAUUUUAUAUCCACAUUUGCGGAGUCACUGCAGGGAUAACUGUUCAGGUGCAAGCUGCAGAGAGUUAUG